UGACGUCAUCAUUUUAUGUGGUCUUACUUUCAAAAUGGCAGCUCCCUGUCCUGUCAAAAUGACAUAGAUUCGAGGCUAGUACUUGUAAUCUCUAAAAAUAUCAACUUCUUGUUGCAAAUUAGACCAAAUAAAAUGGAGCGGGGUGCAGAAUCGUCUCCCCGAAUGGACAGACCCCAUGUUCACAGUCUGCCAUCAGACUACAGUGAUGUCCAGUCAAACAGCUAUGAUCCAGAGUUCAUCUCAGAUAUCAGCAACAAGAUGCAAGUUCCAGACAGGAUAGCUGUAGGAGGAGCGUAUAAUGGCCACGUGGAACACACUGGGAACACUGGCUCGGAACACAUGAUGGUGCCAGAAAGGAUUGUUCUAGCAGGAGGAGAUACACACAUCGGCAUGAAGGAGGCACUACGCCCUCUUGUCUUUGAUCGUCCUCCUGACAGUGAGAACAUGUCAUAUGUAGGACUGAUCACCCCACCCAGAACACUGACACUAGAGGAAAGAUUCCCGACAGUAGAGGAAGUGGAAACACGCAGGGUUCAUACAGAUAUGGUAGCCAAGCCAGAAGCCAAUGGGAUGGGCCCAGUGCCAUACACUCCAGGAGUGUCACCCUACGAGUCACUGCUCCUCAAUGAAGAAGAUGAAGCCACUCUAUUACGAACCCAAGUUUCUAAACUGACCCGUCGACUGGCCGUCAUGGAGCAGGACAACCAGCGGCGAUCUCAGCGUGAACUUUUCCUCUACCCUGCAGUGUUCGGUUAUCUCCUGUUUCGAGUAUUCUUCUGGUUCAUGAGAAAUAGAUGAAACCAGAUACCUCCUCCCAGACAGACUCUAAGAUAUACUACAGGAUGUUAACUUUUUCUCAAUUACUUCUUACUGUUUACCUGUGGGAAACAUUCUAGUUACUAUUCUAGGAGGACCCAUAUAUUAAGGGCCAGAUAUAUUACUCUAGUAAUCUUCAGAAAGACUAUUUGUGGCAUGUGUACACCACUACACACCAUAUCACUACAUGUGUUUGUGAACAUGGCAGGUAUUCAUUUUAUCCAGGAUAUUGCUGUUCAUUAUCAUGCUGUUUUCUGUAGUUUUUCUUUCACAUGGACUUUGUGUGUAUUUAACCCAUGACACUGCUGGUACACUACUGGAACAUCAAGCUAUGGUUCAGUGGAACCCUGCUAAUACAGACUCCUCCAGAUACAAUAAUUUCGCUAAAUAUCUUGAUAUCUGGUUCUGACUUGAGUUACCUUUACCAUGUUUAUGUCUUGUAGAGUCGGACCACUGCAUCUGAAACAAACAUGGGAUGCUGUGCUGUAACUGUGGUCGUCAAUCAGCAUGGUUGUAGUCAUCAGUUAGUGGUUAGCAGCUAUAGCAUGAAUGUAUGAAAGUUUGUGAUCAGAUGUGAUCAUUAUGAUGUAAGCAUCACAUGCAGAUUGGAGAGUAUGUUGGUUGUGUGGACUAGUUAGCCAGUGAUAUCUAGAUAUGACGCCAGUUUGGUCACAAAUAUAACUGUCCAGAUCCAGAAGCAAGAUUUUCGGAUAUGCGAGCAAGUUUAUGAUGCACACUUUUUGUUUACAAUGAGUAUUGUUCUGGAGGCUUGGUUUCAAAUAUCUUAUAUCCACCUAAGUGGGACUCACUUUUUAAGAAUACUGGUCCCUCUUUGAAAAUUCAAAUCCUAAAACAUGUCUUCUUUUUUUAAACAUGUUACUGCAUUUACUUGGUAAUUUUGGCAUUGGGGAAUAUUCUUUACCUGUGAAAUUUUCUUCACUAACAGGCUUCUAGACAGCCAGAAAUCUACAUGAUAUAGGGAGAGAACUUAAAGUGGAAGGACUAACCUUUUUAGAUCCUCAACAUGCCACAGACCUUGCUGUGCCGGGUUGUUUCUGUGAAUGAUUGUAUUGUACUUCAGGAAUAUGGCUCCUCAGACAUUGUCAAUUCAACAUAUUGAGUGUAUACUUUUGAAUAAACAGCUAAGUAUUAUCUUCCUUGGUUUCACAAUGUUUUGGUAAGAACAUAUACCUGAUUGACAUGUAGCUAAAGCAUGGGUUUGUGAUGUCAGAUUGUUGAGAUUUGUUGUAAUUCAUCAUAGUUUAUCAUAGUGCUUCUGGAUAACACUUCUUUAUCUUACAAGUAGCUAAAGAUAUGUCAACUUGGUUGACCUGUCAAUAUGCAGUUUUCUUUGGAUCAUCAGUGAAUGAUAUUGUUGCAGUAGGGAUUGCUGGGUACUCAGAGGUAAUUUACCUUGAGCAAUGAUAAACAUAUUGAUUAAUUUACUCUUUUACAACCUGUAAGGUUUCAUUUUCAUGAAUUGUGAAAUUGAAAAUCCUGAUAAGCAUAACAUUAUAUAGCCUUAUCAAAUUUAUCUUCCAUAAUGUUUGAUUAUGUAUUACCUACUGAUACUGAUGUAUCUGGGUCUAUCAUCAGCUGAACCAACGAUAACAGAUGACUAGCAUAUUUUUCUAGACAUCAGGGGACUACGCACUACCUCACCAACGUCAAAGAUUUUGUUACAUUAUUUAUUAUCAUACACAGACAGAAACACACAAAAAACCCACAGACACCCAAACACAAAAGCCAUUAGCCAUGGUGAGUGUAUAUACUGGAUGGAUAGCAUCUUCCCAAGGCAAGGGAGUUAACUGACUGCCUAAACAUGCUAAAUUUGGAUUUCAGGAUUUGUGAAACAUGUGUCUGCCAUAUAGCUGGAAUUUGCUGAGUGCGACGUAAAACUAAACUCACUCACUGUGAGGCAUGUGAAAAUAUAUUUUCCUCACAGUUAUUAUUAUAACCAACACACUCGAGCAAUUAGAUGCUUUUACGAUUAUCUCAGAAUUAUCACAUUUUGUGUGAAGCAAAUGCAGGUGAUAUUAAAGAUAGAAUUUGAUUGCUCAUUGGGAGAGAUGACAAAAGGGAAAUAACUUGCAGUAGCUACCGCUGUGUAAUUCCAGCUUAGCUUGGCAUGACUGGAAACUGCACUUGUACAAUCUGUUAACACCCUUGCCUCUGGUAGAUAGGUGGAUAUUGACAAACAUUAUUUUCUCUGCAUGAAGAUUACAAGAACAAGUUAGAUUCAUGUUCAUAACAGUUGCUUAUUUUGUUUUUUUACUUUGUCAAAAUAUAUUAGAAGAGUUGUAACAGUAUUUAUUUUUCUACAAUUGUUUUGCAUUACCUACCUAAACAUUGCACUUUGCCUUUAAGAGCUUAACAGUGAGUUUGCUUGUUGCUUGCCACAAAAAAACCCAACUCUCCAACAGCUACGGUUGCAUUGAUUGAAACAGAUGCAUGUGUUGCAUUAGUAGCAUCUCUCAGCUGUUCCUGGGUUCAGAUCCAUCAGUUAUUAUCCUCGGUCUGUCAACACUAUACACAUGGUGGUUACUCUAUUUGAAGUGGUAAUUCUAUGACCUGUAUAACUGUUGGCUUUCCAACAUUGAAAUGACACGCCAUAAACAGAAAUUACUCAAAAGGUUGACCCAAGUCUUCAAAAUCUCUUAUUUUACUGAUGAGUAACUGUUAUAGUGCUAGAACCGACACAUCUUGCCAAUAUUACAUAAAUGAGAUUGUGUUUUCUUCAGAACUGGUCAGGCCAAAGUUCUAUUUAAAUUGGUUUCAGCCCACUGUUCAAUAUGUCAACAUUGGACAGCAUCUGAUACCAAACAGCAUCAUAACUGUGAGACUCCAUGCUAAUAAUCCUGCCUCGGCUAAUGUCUUGAAAAAUGUGCCACAGCUUCAUCAUGGAUUUUGGAUGUAAGUUCUGUGUAUUUCUGUUUUGAGUGAGUGGAUGGUUUAUAUGCCUUUUAAACACUUCCUAUUAUUUCCAUUUUGUGACAGUGAACUAUUUUGCAAAUUUGAUACUAGUCAUUAGAAUGUGUUGAGACGUGUUGAUGAUUCAUCAUUCCAUAGGUAGUCUUGUCAUGUACAGUGAAGCCCCUCUGCUGUAGAAGUAUUUUGUUUCAGCAUUGCUGUGUUAAGUGCCAUGUCCUCAACCACCUGUACAUAUGAAGACUCAGUAUGCAUGCUUAAUCAUAUAUAGUGUAAAAAUCAUCUCUGCCAUGCUAAUUUUACAUUUUUGCAUUUGUAUAUCCAUUGUAACUCAGUGAUAUAUAUAUUUGUGUAUGAUAAUUAUUUUUUUUAGAUGACCAUAUUUGUAAAUGUAAUUACAGCAUAUGUUUCUGCUGAUUUGUGCUCCACAGGUAAGACAUACAUUCAUGUUACUGUAGUUGUCUCCCCUUGAGGUAGAGGCAACAGCAACAGAUGCACUGAUGGCUGUUGCAAAUAUUUGCUAGAGUUCAACAUGGACCAGAAAUUCUCUUUGUGCUAUAAUCAUGAUAAUUGUGGCAAUAGUCAUUGGGACAGAUUAUAAAUGAACUGCUGCACCAUUGCUUGGUGUCUUGGUGUCAUGGUUUUGUCCUCAGCAUCUUUGUGAUAUGUCAAAAACAUUAAGAGGAGGAUAAGUGAAAUAUUGUGUCAUUGUAACAUGAAAUCCUGAAAACAGAUCAUACAUAAUUAUUAUCAGUUUAGUUACUUAACCAUAUUGUUUUUAGGACAAUAAUAGUGAAAGUGUGGCCCUCACUGGAUAUAUUGUACAUAGAACAUGUACAAGACAUAGGAAAACUUACACAUUUUCAACACCUGUAGCAGCAUUGGUUGAUGUGACUGUCUUGUAUCUGUUGUUGCCUUCAAUAAACCUAACUGGUCUCUGCCUU